UUUAUAUCCUAGCCGCAGAUCUCCUGUGACAGAGAGGGUCGUAAGCUUCGUUAUCUUUUUGCCUUCCAAUGGAAUAAAUUUGGGUGGGGUCGUGAUGAAUCUGGGGUUAGGUCCGCGAUGCUGUUUCAGCGCGGAAACAUCAAAUAGGCUGAUAAACUGAUACGAUUGGUACUGUAUUAAACUACAGUACAUGUUCGUAUUUGUGUUUAUCUUAUUUGAGACCCGGCGUAGAGGUUCUUGGCUCACACCACGGGGACUCUGUUUCAGAUGCACGCUAUUGGUGAUCAAGGCGAGUUUCACCUGCUUCAAGAUCUCACAUCCCCUUAGUCCUUCUUGCCGGGAUGUUUCCGAAGCUGCUCGAUAUAAUAAAUGUAGCUGCAUGUAUAAAUAAAAGAAUCUGGGGCGAUCAGUGCUGUUCAUAUGUAGAUCUUCAAUUGCGACAUCUCUUCGACGAUCCGCAAACUACUUUCGUUUACUGCAAUACUUGUUAUUUAUACCCGCGAGUCACUCUCUCCACCAAGGACGAUCUUUAAGCAGCCUGGAAAUCAAGAUAUAUCGCUGUCGUCAUGAAGUUCGCCGCUUUUCCCAACGUUGCCGUGGUUCUAGUCAUGUGCGCAUCUCUCAUAGCCGCGAUACCUGCCGCGCUACCGUACGACGUCGAGGGGCAUACGAUAAGGACGCUAAAGAGCUUAAGAAGCAGCGGUUGCUCGAUGGCGAAGAUUAGGGAUUGCGUCAACGAUACGGGGCUGGAAAGCACAUUAUGCUUUGCGCAAGUAUGCUCAGGUGCAGAGAGUAAAAUGAGGGUGGUCAAGCGCCAAGAUCAAUGUACCGAAGAAAACCUCCUCCAAUGUGCUGUGAGGGAAUGGCGAGAGGCUGAAGUGUGUUUCCAGGAGUUAUGCCUAUAGGAUUACCGAGGAUAUUAUGCGGAUUACAACAAAAAAAAGAUAUGGGGUAUUUCGAAUCGAGUUUCCGCCAUACCGAAUGUGAUCGUCCUCGCAAAAUACGAGCUGAGACGACGGAAGACAACAACGAUAAUGCGCCCCGCGCGACGAUCAUCCGAGCUCCCAGUUGAGACGGGGACGACGGCAGCGUUGGAGCAUAGUCUUUCAAGCUCUAAUAUUUAAUGAGUUCGAUAAAAGACAUUCGCUUGGUUGAAGGGAAGUCCAAUAACAGCGCCGAUGAAAUGCGGAGGAAUUAUCGUCAAGUGCUAUUCGUUUGAUGAUGGCAAUGGAGCCUCAUUCGCUUGGUUGAGGGUUAUGUUAUGCUGAGAGCAGCUGAGUCUGCUCAAAGAUCGUUAUGAUUUAAUGUGUGCAAUUAUGAGAAGCAAAUGGAAUAGAGAUCGGAAUACCCCUGUUAUAAUUCAUUUCACAAAAUAGUAAAAAGUGAUGCACUGUAGAUAUCGAAUGCGAGUUCAACACCUAAUACAGAUGGAAUCUGAAUUGUU